UUGGAGAUGAUGCCUUAUUUUCAAGCUACAUGAGAUUGACACUGUUCUUUUUCCAUAACUAUGUAAAAGCAAAGGUGUAUGUAUAUGGUGAUAUUGAAGAUAUACAGAAAAGAGAUGAAAAUGUCAUCUACCUUUCGAAUCACCAGUGUACAGUGGAUUGGAUUGUUGCCUGUAUGUUAUCAGAACAAAAACAAUGUACUGGCAAAGUCAGAUAUGUAAUGAAAAGUGGACUCAAAUAUCUACCAAUCUAUGGUUUCUACUGUUAUCAGCAUAGCUGUGUAUUUGUUGGUAGAAGUGGAAAAUUCAAUGGAGAAAAGUUUGUGAAAGAAUUACAGUAUCUAAAGAAUAAUAAAAUUCCUGUAUGGCUAGUUAUUUAUCCAGAAGGAACUCGUUAUAAUCCUGAACUAACUGAAGUAAUAGACAAAAGCAAAAAGUAUGCUCUUGAUUUAGGAUUUAAGGAAUUACAUCAUGUGCUUACACCAAGAAUAACAGCUUUGAAAUCUAGUUUAAGAGAGCUAAAAGACCAUGUAACCGCUGUUUAUGAUGUCACAAUUGCUUAUAGCAACACAUAUGAUACAGAAACAAGAGAGAGAACUCCAGCAUACGGAAUGCCAGAUUUUGUGAUGGGAAAAUCUCCAGAAAUUCAUAUGAAUGUUGAAAGAAUAAAUAUAAAAGAUAUACCAAUUGAGGAUAGCAAAUUACAACAAUGGUGCUAUAAACAGUUUGCCAAGAAAGACAGAAUUUUGACAGGAUUUUAUGAUCCCAACUCUAAUCUAUAUGAAAAGUUUCCAGGAGAGUCAUCUCUUCUGACAAUAAAACAAAGACAGACCAUACCAGCAUUUCUAUUUUAUACAACGACCUUAUUAACAGUUAUUUCAUAUAGUGAUGACUCGAGAGAUUUUUAUUUUAAAAGUUCUCUUUGUAUCAUGGUUGGAGGGCUUUUAUGGGUCUCAUUCAAAUCUUGAUGACAUUAAAAUAUAGGUGUUUUGAUAUUAUAUCUGUAAUGGGAUUAUUUAGUUAUUGUAUUUUUUUUCACUUUUGUUUCUUUUACAGAAAAAUUGAGAAUGGAAUGGAAUGUUCUUAGUUUGUCAAAAGGUAUAAAGAAUGACGAUAAUUUUUUAGAAAAAAUAAAAUAAAAUAUGAAAGGCAAUUAUUUUAACCCCUAGAAUUAAAAAACCCCACACAUAAUAUAAAACAUAUGAUAAACAAUAUCCUUCAGAUGUUCACAAGACGGAAAUCCGUCAAUUAUUAUUUGCUGUAGGUCCUGGGUUUUUUUUAUUAAGAAAAACUGCAAUAACUGGAAAAUUGCCUUAUUUAAGGACCUUCUUGUCAAUAUUUGUAUUGAGCACCAGUCUAGGUCAAAAAUAUUUGCUGCCACAAUGUCUUAUAUACAAAGAAAAUGAUAUGAAUAGGUAUCUUUCUAGAUAUCUUUCAUUUGAUAAAAUUUUUAGCUGUAUAUAUUAAUAACAAUUUUGUCAAUUUUGACAUGUUUAUGAUGCUAUGCAGUGAUGUCAUAAAUAAUAAAUAUGCAUGAAAAAAGGAAGACUUUUUGUUUAUCUGAAAAAUUAUAAUAAAUCAGAAGGAGUAGCAAAGUGUCUUGUAUUUGAACUAUAGUUUUAGGGCCCACAUAACGGUUGUAGCUCUUCAUACCUCCUUUUCAAUGUAUCUCAAUUAAGUGGAUUUUUACAGUCUUGUAAUUGUUAAUAUUGCUUUUGAAUAAUAAUAAUUAUUUACAUUCUUAUUGAAGUAAAAUAAGAACCAUAUUUUCAGGGAAUAGUAUGAAUCUCUUUAAACUCAGGUCAGUUUAUUUGAAUUUAAAAAUUAUUUUAUUGUAAUAUCAUUUGAUGAUGUAUGAUUUAUAAUCAACUUUAUUUGGUUAUUUAUUCAUGAUCAAGUAUAGAAUGACUGCCACUGAAGACACAAGUUUCAUUCAACUAGUCUUAAUUGUAUUAUUGUUAUUUAAACAUAAUUAUAUAUUUUACAUUUUUAUUUGUAUGUUUAAUGAGGUGCUA